UCCAUCGCCUGGAAAUUUUCAUAAACAUACGGCACUCGAAACCAAGCAGAGCUAAAAUUAACUUUUGAUUUUGAAUCCCCAAAUUUUGAACUACCAAAUUUCGAAACCAAAUUCAUCAACGCAUUUGUUCAAAACAUAACUUCUUGAGAUGUCGAACGAGCUUUCCUUCUGGAACGGCCAGCCGGUGAAUGCGCCCAUCUUUCCCCAGAUGGGCGAUGCCAUAAAUGCCCAUGCGAGCGGCUUCGUCGGUGGCCAGUGGCCCAGAGCGGCAUCGUCCUGCGGCCCAAGGAUGCCACGGAUGCCGCAGGGAAUGGGCGACUUCCGGCCGAUGAGCAGUGCUCCCAUGCCAGCCAACUGCUAUGGUCAGCCGCAGGCCCUGGGAUCUGGAUUUGGAGGGGAUCAAGCACCCUGCGAGCCCUGCAUCGAUAAUGGCGAGGCCUUCUGCGCCUACAAUGGCGUGGAUAUGGGCUGUUGUGGCGCAAAUAGGGGCGACUUCUGGUAGGAAAUCUGAGGUCCCAUUUCAAGACCCUUUUGUUCACAAGCUGUUGGUGGAAUAAAAAUCAUAGUGUUAGCUUAA